AUGGAUCCCUUAAAGUACCUAUUUGAGAAACCAGCCUUAAUUGGAAGACAGUUAAGAUGGUUGAUCCUAUUAAAAGAAUUUGAUUUGAAGUAUGUGGCAAGAAAGACUAUCAAAAGGAGUGUUGUGUCUGAUUUUUGUGCCAAGAAUCCUAUAGAGGGAGAGGAUGGAAGAGAAGACUUCCCGGAUGAGAACAUCUUGGAUAUCAAGCUAGGAGCAUGGAAAAUGUAUUUUGAUGGAGUUGUAAGCCAAUAUGGGAAUGGGAUAGAAGUACUUUUGAUCACCCCUAAUGGAUCCCACGUGCCUUUGGCUGUUAAAUUGAACUUCGAAGCAACUAAUAACAUGGCUAAAUAUGAAGCUUGUAUCGUCGGAAUGGAAGCUCUUCGAGAGUUAGGGGUAAAAGAGGCAGAGGUAUUUGGAGAUUUGACCUUGGUUAUAGUUCAAGCCCAGAAGUUGUGGAAGGAAAAGGAAGAACAUUUGAAACAUUAUCAACAAUAUCUAGAGGAUUUGACCAAAAAUUUCGACAAAAUUGAAUAA